AUGGAGCCCUUGCUCAACUGGAUACACAAAGUCCGGCGCGGACACGACCGGCACAUCGACCGCUGGCCCAUGCCCCACAUCACGCUGCUCUACCCGUUCGUCCACCCGCGAGAAAAUGCAGAUGUGUAUGAUACCGUCAGAGAACGCGUCAGGGAAGCGUGUGCGAGCUUUUCCGGUGCCAGUGGACAACUAUCCUUUGGCGCGGGGCAAGACGCUUUCGGCUACUUCGCGCACUCCAGAAAGUCCGCUACGGUGUAUCUCAAACCGCAGGCUGCGCACUCUUGGCUUGGGAGGCUGCUGGCGCAUGUUCUGGCAUCCAGUCAGGAGCUGCGCGACUAUGAUGAACAGGCACGCGAGGGCGGGCGGUUACCUGCACCGCGGGCGGUUACCUGCACCGCGGGCGGUUACCUGCACCGCGGGCGGUUACCUGCACCGCGGGCGUUGGCUGUUGAGGAGCACUUUACGCCCCAUUUGAGUCUUGGACAGUGGCCGGGGAAGGGUGCGGCCGAGAAAGCCGUCGCGAGUCUUGCGGAAUCGUUUCCGGGGCCGGUCGCAUGGCAGGUGAAGGACUUGUGUCUCCUUCAAAGAGACGGGUUCAGGGACCCCUUCAGGGUCGCCCAGAGGAUUCCGAUUGGUGGUGCUGCUGGCUGUUAG